CAGGCCACGGGGAUGUGUCUGAGACCCCCGUGAGACAGAGCUGUCACCCCACAGAGCUGCAAUGACCAUGUGGAAGACCAUCUUGUGCUCGCCCAGGACAGCAGAGCGGGCAUACCUGAUAGUCCUCGAUGUGCUGGGGAACUGGCCAGAGCACAGCACGCGCACCUCCGAUGGGGACAACACGGGUGUCUUUGCCCUGGCUGCAACUGUGCUGAUGUGGAAGAUCCUGCAGAUGCCCUGCGUCCCACACGUAGUGACAGUGCAUUUCCCCCGCCUCUUUGUGCAUCUGCUCUUCCACGUGUACUUCAGCACUUUGGAGACGCCAGAGGAUCUCAAUGCCUUCUGGAAGGCAUGCCAGGAGCAACACGGCCUUGCCAUCAGCCCCAACAGCUUUGCAGUGCAGGCCCUGAAGUCCCUGCUCUGCCAAAUGCAUCGUGAGGAAGUGGUGGUGGAAAUGGAACGCAAGCGUGGCUGGGACACGCUCCUCUGCGCUGACACCCACCAUCAUGCUGUGGGUCUGCUGGCCAGGGAGAUGUCGUCUGCCUCUAUCCCCUUGUGUUCCCGCAUCGUUCCCUACCUGCUCCAGCUGCUCAGCACACAGGAGGCACGCUGGGAUCUGCCUGCCCUGGCAUUCCUUGUGGAGAUCCUGGACUACCUGGACCUGAGUGAACGCAGCGCUAACAGAGUCCUGGAAAUCUUCUCAAGGCACCUGAGUGGCGAGUGCAGGGACAAGCGUCACCUGGCGCUCAGGGCCCUUUUCAAGUUGAUUGAUGAUCCCUCGAUGGCUGAAAAAAUGAGGAGCCUGACUGAAAGUCUUGUGGCGCUCCUGUGGGAUGCAGAUGGACAGAUAGUUCGGAUGACUAUCAUGGUGCUCAGCUUUAUAGUUUUGGACAAGGACAUGCUGAUACCCAGUCCCAUUGCCCUGCAGCUGGCUGAGGCGCUCCUGCCACUCUUUGACCACGAUAAUAGCCAGGUGCAGCUGGUGUCCAUAUUAUUUUUCCGAUCCCUGAUGACUGUUCUAACGGAAAAGGAAAAAAAGGCCCUGAAGUCACACGUGCACCAGAGCCUGCUGCCACUCUUCUUCCACUGCCACGACGAGAACCAGCAGGUGGCUGAGGCUUCUUGGGCAACGCUGCUUUGUGCGGCUAAGUUGCUGAAGAGGAGAGAUCUGGAAAGACCUGUGAAGAAGAAGAAGCUGUGGAUGAUCACCGAGUGCCUGGUAAGGACGGCCUGGAAGGCCCAGCCUCAGCCUGGAGAAGCCCCCUGUCCCCGGCGCUCGGUGCAUGGGGCUGGCAGCUGGGCCCCUGCCCAGUGCCGCAGCCGGGGGCCGCACGGCUUCUUCUCCAGGCUCCUGUGGCCCUGA